AUGGGUCUACACCCCGAGGCGCCAUCAUGGAAAUGCUGUGUUCAUUUCAUCAUCCUGCUCUCGCAUGUGUCCUCUGAGUUUGAGAUCUCCGUACCUACUGGUGUACAGAUGGGUGUGUACGGCGAGUCAGUGGUUCUGCCCUGCACGUUCCCAGUGGGCAGCUCGUGGGAUGCAGGCAGCAGUGUGAUCACAUGGCAGCGUCAGCUAGAGGUGGUUCAUAUGCAGAAGGGGAAUGCAUCGCACAGGCUGGACCGUACCACUCUAGAAGAUGCGGGGGAGUACACCUGCUCUAUCAGCACUCAGCUGGGCAACCAGAGGAAGAGCUUUAGGCUCAAAGUAGCAGCGUUUUACGCGGAGCCCCAACUGCACAUCUCAAUGCUGAACGAUGGCCAUGUGGAGGUGCUGGUGACGUCAGAGGGUGGGUACCCCUCCCCUGCGCUGCAAUUGCUGAUGGGAAAUACCAGCGAUGUCACCAACAGCACAUACACACAACUAAGGCAGGACCAGUACACACACCUGUACAGCGUAAACAAUAAACUUAACCUGACCUUUAGUGCCAACUCCUCCAUCAUAUUCAUCAUGAAGAACCCAGAUCUGGGCCAGGAGAUCAGGAGGAACAUCAACCUCUCCUUAGAAAACAGCAGACAUGAUGGACACAAACUGAAAAUCACUUCACUGUUCCUUCUUGGACUGGUCACCACAAUGGAUUUUAUAUUUUAUAUGUUCUGUAUUGAUUAAAGAUUUAUAAUCACACUCUUAAAA